UGUUGUUACGUUUACAUCGAAGUCGUAUCCGGUUAGUAAGACCGCUAGCCUUUCGGCGAAACAGCAAUUUACGGCGAUGUUAUUAAUUAUAUAACCUAAAGGACAGAAAAGUUGGUCCAGUCAGGUAUUCUGUUCAGCUAUGGAGACAGUUGUUUUCGACUUGUUUUGUAUUCCUGGUUUGCCCGUUGUCACUAACCGGGCUAGUUAGCAUAGUUGGCUAAUUAAGCCCUGACAAGUGCUUGGGUGCUUGUCUAACUAGCUGACGAAAGAGAUCCGUCAGGAGGAGGAAAUGAUUAACUAUUUUCUAAAAAGGCUUAGAAAGUGACAUCGGUGGGUAGUACAUAUAGAAGGUUCUGUUUAGUAGUUAUUUUAUUUUUAUUUCUUAUAAAAAUUGGCUGUUUGAUGUAAGUAAAGAAAAUGACCAAGAAAAACAAGAUAUGGACACUUAGCGAUGUAUAUUGUGUUGAUAGUAAGUCGUAAUCAUGUACGUUGGCUUUGAAAAGACGAGCUCCCCGAUCCUUGAAAACGAUAUCUUGAAUACAAUUUUGUGAUUUACAUAUUCAGAUUAAUUUGACUCAGCGGGCCUGCUUGAGGGCAGUAAGUGUUUUGCAUGUCAACUUGCCGCAUGGGAUCAGGUGCUAGCCAGGAAAGGUAAACAGGUGUGAAACGCUGACGUGAUCACAAUACGUGGAACAGUUAGCACUUUAUCUAAUACUUUGAACAUCUCUGCCAGGUACUGUUAGCUAUCUGGUUGCUUGAAGCAACAACAUUCCUUCAAACUAUUUGGUUGCACUUUUAGCUGUGUGGGCACACAAGAGGAUAAGUCACUUUUUGACACCGUCUUGUUUCAGCGGAAGACAGGUUGCGUGUUGGACAACAAACUUAACAAAUUAUAGAUCAUUAGCUAGUGCCUACUGGCCAAAGCCAUAACAGUGAUUAAAAAUGAUCUCAGAGGUAUAGAUAGUAGGAAUGGUGUCUGUUCAUGUUUGCUUGGCUUUUUUGCAAGUCUGAGCUGUUUUGUUAGGGCAGUGGGAACAUCUGCAGUGACGGACUGGAAGCUGAACUGUAGUUGUAUGUACGUUGCUGCGAUCUUUCCCAAAAACCCACAAUGCCUCCAGUCUUUUACUCAUUAUUGCUGUUUGGAGCUUUAUGCAGCCUUGGACAGGCCAUGUCCCGGGAGGAGAAGAACAGGUUGAGGAACCAAGUGGUUGAGAUGUUUGACCAUGCCUAUCAGAAUUAUAUGGACCAUGCAUAUCCAGCAGAUGAGCUGAUGCCUCUCACGUGUAGAGGGAGAGUGCGUGGACUAGAACCCAGUCGAGGAGACGUUGACGAUGCUCUUGGAAAGUUUUCUCUGACCCUCAUUGACACCCUUGACACUUUGGUGCUUUUAAAUAAGACGACAGAGUUUGAGGCUGCAGUGAGGAGAGUCCUGUCAGAUGUGCGGCUGGACAAUGACAUUGUGGUGUCGGUCUUUGAAACCAACAUUCGAGUCCUUGGAGGUUUGCUGGGAGGUCACUCCAUGGCUGUGAUGCUGAAGGACGGAGGGCAGCAUAUGCAGUGGUACCAGGAUGAGCUUCUACACAUGGCUAAAGACAUCGGGCUCCGACUUCUGCCAGCCUUUAACACCAGCAGUGGCCUGCCGUAUCCCAGGGUAAACUUGAAAUAUGGUGUCAGGGGUCCUGAGACUCGAACAGGCACAGAAACAGACACCUGUACAGCAUGUGCAGGAACCAUCAUCCUGGAGUUUGCUGCGUUAAGUCGCUUUACUGGGGACCCUGUGUUUGAGGACCAUGCCCGUAGAGCCAUGGACUUUCUGUGGGAGAAACGGCAGAGAAACAGCAAUCUGGUGGGAACCACCAUCAACAUUCACUCAGGAGAGUGGGUCAGAAGAGAUAGUGGAGUUGGAGCUGGAAUUGACUCGUACUAUGAAUACCUGCUAAAGGCUUAUAUCCUCUUGGGAGAUGACCUGUUUCUGCAGCGGUUCAAUAUUCACUAUGCAUCGAUAAUGAAAUAUAUUAGCCAGCCUCCUUUGCUGCUGGAUGUCCACAUCCACAAACCUCUGCUUCCUGCUCGCACCUGGAUGGAUUCUCUCCUGGCUUUCUUUCCUGGUCUCCAGGUUUUGAAAGGAGAUAUCCGUCCUGCAAUUGAGACUCAUGAGAUGUUGUACCAAGUUACUAAAAAGCACAACUUUCUCCCAGAGGCCUUCACUACUGAUUUCAGGGUACACUGGGCUCAACAUCCCCUGAGGCCUGAGUUUGCAGAGAGCACCUAUUUCCUUUAUAAGGCCACAGGAGACCCAUACUACCUGGAAGCAGGUCGCAGCAUCAUGGAGAACCUCAAUCGCUUUGCUCGUGUCCCCUGCGGCUUUGCUGCCAUGAAAGACGUACGCACAGGGAGCCACGAGGAUCGAAUGGACUCCUUCUUCCUUGCUGAGAUGUUUAAAUAUCUCUUCCUGCUGUUUGCUGAGGCUGACGAGCUUUCUUUUGAUGUGGAAGACUACGUCUUCACGACUGAGGCACACCUGCUGCCUCUGUCUCUUUCCACAGUCCCCCUCUCCUUGUCCUCUUCUUCAAACAAAACAUCUGAGGAGGAGCUGGACGACUCCAACUUUGACUGGACGUGUCCUAACACUCGCCUCCUGUUCCCUGACCCUGCCUUCCCUCGUAACCUGAGAGAACCAAUUCGUAGUGCGGUUGACAAGAGUUGUCCACGUCCCAUUCCUUACAGGGAACCUGGUAUGGGUCAUCCUCCUCUAAGAGCUCAAGAUUUUAUGGCAAACAACCCUGAACAUCUGGAGCUGCUCAGGAGGAUGGGAGUCAGUCUCAUCCACCUAAAAGAUGGUAGAGUGCAGCUGGUCCAGCAUGCUACACAGGCAGUGAGCGCGGUGGCGGCAGAGGAUGGCGUGCGUUUCAUGCAGGAGAUGAUGGAGCUGUCCAGCCAGCAGCAGAAAGAGCAGCUGCCUCCCAGAGCCAUUCAGAUCGUCUCACAUCCAUUCUUUGGCAGGGUUGUGCUGACUGCAGGCCCGGCACAGUUUGGUACAGACCUGUCCAAAAGUUCCACAGGGGUACGAGGCUUUGUGACUGUGGCUGAACCUUACAGCGGCUGCAGUGAGAUCACCAAUGCUGAGUACGUUCAGGGCCACAUCGCUCUGCUCCAGAGGGGUCAGUGUAUGUUUGCAGAGAAGGCCAGGCACAUCCAGAAGGCUGGCGCCAUCGGCGGCAUAGUCAUCGAUGAUAAUGAGGGCAGCAGCAGCGACACGGCUCCUCUGUUUCAGAUGGCCGGAGAUGGCCGCAACACGGACGACAUCACCUUGCCACUCCUCUUCCUCUUCCACAAAGAGGGCAACAUCCUGUUGGAGUCGUUGAAAGAGUACAGAGAGGUGGAGGUGCUGCUGAGCGACAAAGCCAGAGACAGAGCAGCCAUAUUCAAAGGUAAACCUCUUCCAGGAAGCCUAAUUGAGGGCAGUGUGAAUGCGCAAGAAGCGGAGGAGGACUGUCAAACUGAAGCAACGACUCCCACUUCAUUCGAACCUGUCAGCCAGUCGCAGAUGAGCACGGUGGAGCUGGAUGAAUCGGCUCCUAAGGAAGUUUCUCCUGCACAGGAGGAAGUCAGUCCUGUAGAUGAGGACACUAGUCCUGCAGAGGAUGUUAGUCCGCUACAAGAGGAAGAUAGUCCCAAAGAGCUAAAGCCUGAUUUGGUUCAGCCUAAAGAGAAGAGAGACUCUGAGAAGACGAAGGAGCCUGAAGGCAACACAGACUCAAGCAGCCAGUCAGUGGAUGAGCUGCUGGCUGAUUGGCGGGAAGACUUGGAGGCAUUCCAGCAGAUGGAGAAGGAUGAGCUCUGACAUUAGUGAGACACUUCAUGCCCGGUGACUGUGGGUUUACCACAUCUUGGGGAGGGAUCUAGAGGAGGUGUAUCUUCACAUCACCAGUCUCCAUCUGAUGAACUCUGAGGAAGCAAUCGUGGUCUCUUCUCUUGUCCUCUGUGACAGGUAUCACUUGCAAAGGCAGCCUGCAUAUUUUAUCUCUGGACCAUAAGGGAGUCCUUCUUUGGUAGAUGAUGGAUGAAACAGCAGGGUUAUUACCUCACUCUAUCAUACAGUUUCUGUCUGAUCAUAACAACCCUUACUGAAUGACUUGGACCAGCCUGUUUGUAACCAGUUCAAGUUACUUCUCAUACUGUUUUAAUCUCUGUGCAUUUCUGACUUUAGCUCAAACAAUCAAUGCUGGUUCAACUAUUUCUUUCUCACUCAUUAAACCAUUGACCAACUGAUUUUAUUAAAAUGUGAAGAUUAUUUGUAAUGAUAAAUUUGUGUUUUGAUGGUCUUGGGACAUAUGAGGGGUGCUUGUAAAAAUGUCUUUCUAUGGCUUUAAGCUAGAUGAACUCAAAAUCAGACUUAAUCACUCUGGAGAAUCACUUGUAAAUAUGUAUUUGUCCAGAUAUGUUGACCACAUUGGGACAGACACACCCUCACAGAGUAGUGGGCUGUAUUACACACCCACAGCCUGCCACGUGAGGGCGCUAUAUGAUCUAUUUAUUAUGCUGGACUUGUUGACUGGCUGGAAGGAGCAGAAACCAGCCAAUGAAUAAACAGGAUGAGAUUCAAUAAAGAUUGAGAAGGGAGUAUGGGAGAAGACUGUCUUAAGUAUUUGGGUUUAUAACAUUAAAAAAACUCAAAGUU